AUGGAGUGGGCCGGCCCCGGCUCCGCGCGGCCGCAGCAGCAGUGGGACCAGGAAUCGGUCGAAGCGUGGCUGGACGAUCACUGGGACUUUACCUUCUCUUACUUUGUUAGGAAAGGCACCAGAGAAAUGGUCAAUGCAUGGUUUGCUGAGAGAGUUCACACCAUCCCUGUGUGCAAGGAAGGCGUCAGAGGCCACACGGAAGCUUGCUCUUGCCCCUCGCAGCAGAGUCCCCGUGCAGAGAGCAGCGUCCCUGGAACACCAACCAGGAAAAUCUCCGCCUCCGAAUUUGAUCGGCCUCUUAGACCCAUUGUCGUCAAGGAUUCUGAGGGAACUGUGAGCUUCCUCUCUGACUCAGAAAAGAAGGAACAGAUGCCUCUAACCCCCCCAAGGUUUGAUAAUGAUGAAGGGGACCAGUGCUCAAGACUCUUGGAAUUAGUGAAAGAUAUUUCUAGUCACUUGGAUGUCACAGCCUUAUGUCACAAAAUUUUCUUGCACAUCCAUGGACUCAUCUCCACUGACCGCUAUUCCCUGUUCCUUGUCUGUGAGGACAGCUCCAACGACAAGUUUCUUAUCAGCCGCCUCUUUGAUGUUGCAGAAGGUUCAACACUGGAAGAAGCUUCAAAUAACUGUAUUCGCUUAGAGUGGAACAAAGGCAUCGUGGGACAUGUGGCUGCUCUUGAAUGGUUAUACAAGUGUUCAGUUCAGAAAUUGGUGGUAGUCAUCUCAAAUAUUGAAAGUGGGGAGGUCCUUGAAAGAUGGCAGUUUGAUAUUGAGUGUGACAAGACUGCAAAAGAUGACAGUGCACCCAGAGAAAAGUCUCAGAAAGCUAUCCAAGAUGAAAUCCGUUCAGUGAUCAGACAGAUCACAGCUACAGUGACAUUUCUGCCACUGUUGGAAGUUCCUUGUUCAUUUGAUCUCCUGAUUUAUACAGACAGAGAUUUGGUUGUACCUGAAAAAUGGGAAGAGUCGGGACCACAGUUCAUUACCAAUUCUGAGGAAGUUCGUCUUCGUUCAUUUACUACUACAAUUCACAAAGUAAAUAGCAUGGUAGCCUACAAAAUUCCUGUCAACGACUGAGGAUGAGAUAAAGACAGUAUAAUGUACUUGUAUUCUCAAAUGUGGUUUUCCUGAAACCAAAUCAACUGUAGUUGAUAUGUUUUAUUUCAUUGGUUAAUUUUUAGAUGGGGAAAACUUAACAUUAUGCUUUACUGAAUCUGUGCAUAAUCGUUCCAUUCCUUGGUACCUGUUUCACUUUCCAUAGGGUUGACGUAAGUUAUUGCACACUGUUCCAAAGGGAACUAGCAGAUUACAUCAGCAUUGUAAUGUCAGUUCCUUUGACGAUGGUAACUGUAGAUGGAAAAACUUUUGCGAUACAGCUAAAUGUCUUUCUAAAUCAGACCUUUUGGUCAAGCACCUUGACUCAGAGUAUACAGAAAUAUCUAAAUAUAAAAUAGAGCAAAAGAAAUAUGACUAUUGAGAACAUGUGUUUAGAUCUUGAAAGGAACUAAUGAUAGUCCAUAAGUAAUGAAAUAUUGAUCCUGUUAGGUCCCUUUGCCAUUUAUUUGUAUAGUUUCCAUAUUGAAAAGUUUUCCAAUUAUUUGAUUUUAAUUUAUAUAACUCGAAUCUAUGAAGCCAUGGAUAGUCCUGCUAUUCAAAUUCCUGUGAUACUGAACUUUUCAGAAUGUCUUUUUAUGUUUUAUAAAAUCAAGCUUUAAAGGACAAUGAUGAAAUAAAGUUAAAUGUGUAUGUUCUAAAUUUGUCUUAAAAUAUUCUUAUAUUGGUGUGGUGUUGAUACAGUUAAAUAGUUAUAAUGGAUUCAGUGCAGCAUAUUAUUUCUUGUGCCUACUAUGGUUAGCCUAAGAAUUCAAAGUUGAGUAAGUCUUGAGGUACUUUCACUUUAAUGGACAAGCUUUUAUUGU